CACAAAAUAGAUUAAGAAAUAGACUGAACAUGAGGAACUCUAUCAUAAUUAGAAUAUCUCAUAGAUGUGUCAGAGCCACCAUAAAUAAAAUCAAGACACUUCGUAAAAUCAAAAUAAAUAAACUUAACAAUUUUAUCCUUAAACCUACUCUUGAGACCAACAGAGUCACAACUAAGUUGCACUAGAAAGCUUUCACAUAGUCAAGAUUGUAUGUCUUUUUUUCUUUUGGUAAUAGUGAGUGCCGGAGCCCGAAGAUUGUAUGUCUUUUUCAAACCAAUAAACUUCAACAAAUUCACUUCAGCGUUAACUUGUACCACCUCAUUGCGAACCUCUACAAACAUAUCACUACAAAACUCCAACUCCAAUUCCAUCUCGGAACAACUUUAAAAAUACCAUAAGGACAAAUUCUAACCAAACUGUCCUAGAUCUGGAUUCACUACGUUUUGAGACGGGAAGGUUCGUGCAUUUCAAACACUUUGGUGAUCAAUCGUAUGCUACAAAUUAAGCCACGUCUCCAUCAUUUUAUAUACUCUCCCUCCAUUCACGUAUCUGCUGCUUCCGCCUCCGUGCCUCGCCGCCGAUACUCACAUCGGUUCCGUUUUCACCAACACCGCCGUUUAAAUUUUCCGAAGAUGCAUACUCGCGAAGCAACAUUAUCUUGCUCUCAUCAUCUCCGAGUCUUAAAACCCUAAAACAUAUUUGAAAUAUUGGACGCAACCGUUCCUAUUCUCUUCUUCCGUCUCUAUUCUUUGUUCAUUGCUAUUGAUUCAAAUCUUCGAAGUUAAUAAAACCAAUGUCAGGUUCGCGGUAUCUCUUCAGUAAUGGCGUCCUUUCACACACCUUAGAUGUUCCUCCUGUCAAACUCUUUCUUGAAACUCAUCCAGGUGCUUACACAACAUCACGUACUCACAUUAAUGCUUCAUGCUUGUUAUUCUGGGAAAGACAUGUGAAAAGACUUUCUGAAUCUAUACAAAUUCUGUCGAAUUUGGCACCGCAACUUUUAUUCAAAUCUAAUAAUGCUGCAAGUUUGCUGCCGUUGGAUAAGAAUUUUCCGGUUUGGCAACCUGGAUUGGAGAUGCUUGUUAAUGAAUCGGUGGGGAAGGUCUUGCCGAUUGCAUUGAAAGAGAGGGUUGAUUCUGAGGAGCUGGCAAUUACAACUCUUGUUAGUGGUAAUUUGGAGGAACUGAAUGUGUGUGAGACUACCAGUGAGGAAAAAAUGAGUAAUUUUUUUGAUGUGCAUGUGCAUAUUGAUAGUUAUGUUCCGCCUCAAUUUGGUAUCCGGGGAAAUGCUGCACAUUUGGCGGUGGGGGGCUAUGGGAGGAACUUUGCAGCUGCAAAAUAUUCAGAUUGGGUAAGGGUUAGGAAAACUCUGGAAAAGCUCAGACCUCCAUCAGUGACAGAACUGUUAUUGUCUCAUAAUGGCGAUCAAAUACUCGAAGGUUGUGUGACAAAUUUUUUCGUUGUUUGCUGCAAGGACAGGGAUUCAGAUAAUGGGAAGGCCCCUUGUGAUUAUGGAAAUAGAAACUCUUUUGAAGUGCAGACAGCUCCUAUCAGUGAUGGUGUUCUUCCAGGAGUUAUACGCCAAGUAGUGCUUGAGGUAUGCAAGAAUGAAGGAAUCCCAUUUCGUGAAGUUGCUCCAUCAUGGUCAAAACAUGAAAUCUGGGAGGAAGCAUUCAUCACAAGUAGCUUGAGGGUUUUGCAACAUGUAGAGAGUAUUCAGGUUCCAACAGAAUGGCAAUCUGCCCAUUCUAAAACAUGGAAGGAUAUAUCAUGGACAAAAAAGCAAUUUCAGGGUGGACCUGGAAUGAUCACGAAUUUAAUCCAGGAAAAAGUUAUGGAGAAAGCAAUUUUGGAAGGGUACCCAAUGAGUAACAUAUGUACAAGGUGAAGAUCCUACCUACUUGUUUGCUGAGAUGAAAUAGACGGUAGUUGACCUUCCCUUUCUCUUAGGCUGGUAUGUAACCCUGACAAUGCCAUAGUUUCUCAAUGAGUAGAUUGUGAAUUUGUAAUCACUUGGAAGAUGUCCACUGGACUGAUAUGAAGUAUGAACAACUUUACAAAUUGGUUGGGACCAAAACAGAAACAAAAUACCCCGAAUAAGUCAUUUCUUAGGCCACUUCUUAAGGUGUUUAUGUUGUGCACAAUUUACUUGACAAGAGUGGAGCUAGUUUUGCUGGGUGGAGUCUAAUGCAGAGAAUUCAAAGCCUGUUUAUGAUAGACUUAUUUUUACCUUUGAGACAAAUGUUGAAAUGUGUCUUAUGAUGUGUGUUUGGACGUGUUAGAUGGAAAUUAUUUUUAAGAAAUUUAGAAUUUUAAGCAAUUUAAAUGAUUAAAUUGAAAUUUAUUUAUUUUUAAAUUCUUUUAUUUUAAUAGAAUAUUAAAAUUAUUUAUUGUUAAAUUUAAUUUUUAUUUUGAAAAUUAUGAGGAUCAACUUGCAAAACAUGAAGCAUUGUUUUACAUAUACAACAUCAAGUACUGUUUUUGUGGGUAAGAACAUCAAGUACUGUUUUGUUGAUAAUAUUUUUUAACUUAGAGAAUAAAAUAAUAAAUAGUUAAAGUUAUUAAAUAAUUUUAUGAUUUAAUUUAUACACAGUUAUAAUAAAAUGGUUGUACGCAAUCAUAAUUUUUAAAUUAUUAAAGAUAUUUAAAUUUUAUUAUAACUACUCUAAAGCAAAUCAUGUUAUAA